AAUAAUAUGGAGCAGCACAUCAAAAGCAAAGAUUUAAUGCACAAAUUAACAGUUUCUUUCUUUCAGCCAUUAGAUCGAUAAACAAUAGUUAGCUGACUCUGACAUAACACAGCCACUUUAUCCACCUGUUACUCUGCACAUGCAUACAUAUGUUUUUUUUUUUUGGGGUUUUUUUUCAUAUUCAUAUUUCAUUUAUUUUUUAAAAAUUUUUUUUGCAUCAUGCCAGUGCAGGUACCAAAAAAAUCUGCUGUGACUGGCUUAGCUGACUACUGUCCAGUUUCACUAACCCCAGUCAAUAUGAAGUGCUUUGAGAGGCUCAUCCUAAAACACAUCAAGGAUGACCUUCCUGAUGGUCAGGACAGGCCAGCAGGACAGGCCUGUAGGCAAAUCAAGCCUCCUAUUGGUUUGAUUUGCCUGUAGGAGGAACCGGUCCACAGAGGUUGACGUCUCCAUUGCACCACACACAUAAUCAAACCAUGACACAUUUGCAGCGUCCUGACACUUAUGAUAGGAUGCUAUUCAUUGACUUCAAUUCAGUAUUUAACACCAUCAUUCCAGAGAAGUUGAUAGUGAAGCUCCACGAUCUGGGACUUUCAACAUAUAUGUGCCUUUCUCACCAACCGACCUCAGGUGGUGAAAAUAGGGGACUGAACAUCAUCCACCCUGGUCCUCAAUUCAGGCACACCACAGGGCUGUGUGCUUAGUCCGAUCCUUUUUACAUUGUUCACCCAUGACUGUCUAGCUAUCCACUUGUCCAACAGUUCUAAAGUUUGGAGAUGAUACCACUGUAAUGGGUCUGAUAACAAACAAUGAUGAGACCCUCUACAGAGAGGAGAUCCCAAACCUGUCCCAGUGGUGUUCAGUGAACAACCUGGUGCUCAGAAUCUCUUGCAUCUGUCCGCUCUCAGAAGUUUCCGGAUUGUUUUCUCUUUAUUUGGUAAUUAAUUAGAAGAACAGAUGUUGCUUUUUUAAUCAUUAUUGAUCAGUUUUAGGAAUUCAAUCAAAUAAUUUCAGCCCUGAUUGAAAUAUAAAAGUUUUCUGGAUAUAUCACAAAACAAAAAUGUAUGUGUUGUUGUUGUUUCUGUUUUAUGUUGUUGUUUUUAAUUUAGAAGCUAUGCAAAUCAUAGGAUUAUGUAGAAUUUUAAAGUGCAAUUCUUUUUGCUUUGUUAGUCAGUAUUUAUGAAGAAAGAGCCUGGCCCUUCUCCAGUUCAUGUUUUCAGUUUGACCUCGCCAUUGAAACUUACCUUUAGGUACAAUGCUGUCCUUUCUAUGGCAGCACUGUGAUGUAAGUGAUAAGUGUUUGGUGUUUCACUUUAUGUGUUAGUUUAAUUCCCUCUAGUCUGAGAGUGAGUGUUUUUGUAAAAUCACUCAAAUGAUUUAUUUUACUAGUUGAGUUAACUCUGGGAAUAGCAUGAGUUAUCUUGUGAAAUUCUCUGGAAGAAACAGGAAAACUGGACAGACGUAAAGUGCUCAUAUAUAUUGCCACUGAUAUCAAAUAGCCCAGUUUUUUAAAUGGUCUCUGUCUCCCUUUUCAAUAUGGCGGCCAAAUUGACGUGACGCUCCAAUGACACCUCCGACAGGAAGGACGUAAAAUGGGCGCGACUUAAUACAGCAUGAUUCUGGUAUUUUUUGAAGUCGCUGUUGUAUUUGAAGUUCUGGAGAGAAGCCAGUAACCGGACAUACAGCUCAGACAUGGAGACUAUCGAGGCAAAUAUGGACAGUUUUGGAAUAGAAGUUAUUCUUCCAGAGGAGGGAAAAACAGCGCCACGUUGUCCGCAUGGUCCUACUUUACUUUUUGAGAAGGUUGACAAUGGAGGCAAUAAGGGCAGGCGGUUUUAUGCGUGCUCAGCCUGUCGAGACAGGAAAGACUGCGGCUUUUUUCAGUGGGAAGAUGAAAAGGUGUCAAAAGCCAGGAUGCUGGCUAGAGAAGCAGAGAUGCUGUCAAAGAGGCCUCGGUUCACUCAGCAGGAAUGUUGUAGCAGGUUUCUGCAGUUUGCUUCGCUCCCAUUUAUUGAGAAGAAGUUCUGUGAGGAUUGUCAGAUUCUCCUCCUGCCUGCAGAGCACAGCACUCACUUUGCCCACAGGACCACAACGGUCACCGCGGCCCAGCUGAGGAGGCCCAGCAUCCUGCUGCGUCCACUAGACAAUAAGAAGAGCAACGCCCAGUACCUGUUCACUGAUCGCAGUGCACACUUCCUGCUGGAUACUUUAGCUGGUCUGGGAUAUAAAAAGGUGCUGUGUGUGGGGACACCUAGACUACAGGAACUGAUCAAGCAGAGAAACCUGGAGCCAAUGAAGAGUUUGUUGCUGGACAUUGAUUUCAGAUAUGCUCAGUUCUACAGUCAGGACGAGUUCUGUCAUUACAACAUGUUUAACCAUCACUUCUUUGGCGGAGAGGCCUCCAGAGCUGUUUUGGAUGCAUUCCUGACAGAGGCGGAUGGGGAGCAGGUGGUGAUGGUAGCGGACCCUCCGUUCGGUGGACUGGUCAAACCUCUGGCCAACAGUUUCUCCUUGAUUUCCCAAAUGUGGAGGAAGCUGCGGAACUCAGGUGACUCUAACAUCGACAUUCCCAUCAUUUGGAUCUUUCCAUACUUCUUUGAGCCUCGCAUCCUGGAGUGUCUCCCUGCACUGACCAUGUUGGACUACCAGGUGGACUAUGACAACCAUCCUCUCUAUAAACACGGGAAGACGGGCAGGAGGCAGUCUCCUGUCAGACUCUUUACUAAUAUUCUACCCAAACACGUUGUUCUGCCCAGAGAGGAGGGCUACAGGUUUUGCUCCAUGUGUCAGAGAUAUGUGUGCUCCCUUAACAAACACUGCACUAAAUGCAAUCUUUGUCCAUCCAAGGAUGGCCGUGAAUGGAAGCACUGCUCAGCAUGUGGGAAAUGUGUGAAACCAUCCUGGAGCCACUGCACGUCCUGCGGCCGCUGCGCUCUGCCAGACCAUCCCUGUCGGCAAGCUGAUGGGGGUAACGGUUGCUUCAGCUGCGGCAGCCUGGAGCACCGACAGAAGGCCUGUCCUCUCAGAGAUAUGCAGAGGAAGAACAGUUUUGGGCCUAAAGCCAAGAGUCUGGGCAAGAAAGCUUCCCAUUAUCUAGCAAAGCCUGGAGCCAAGAAGAAAGCAAAGAAAAGAGCUGCUCAUGCUCUGUGAACUCUCAUCAGGUUAUUUUUGUAACUUUUAAGAAAAUUUAGUUUUUCCAUAUUUGUUAAAACUGACACCAUGUCUUGACAAAAUAAUACAAGACAGAUAAUCUGUGAAAAGAUCGAAAUGCACAAUUCCUGGUCAAAAACAACCAAUCAGACCCAGGAGAAGGAUCUUAAAGCUGUCAAUCAACUUUGUGUACAUGCUGCUCCAUGUGCUAAAAGUGGAGAAACACCACCAACUUAUUACUCGUUGUCAUGCUAACUAGCAUGAUUGACAGCGCUAACACCCUCCUCCUGGCUCUGAUUGGUUGUGUCUGAUUAAGUGGUAUAAUUUUGCCAUUAGUACUGGAAACACUGGGAGAAGGCAGAGGAGCUCAACCUUUUCUGUCUUACGUGAUACUGUUACAAAGAUAAUUUUAACAUGUGUAAAAAAAAACUGUUUUUUAUUAAAGAUGCAUACUGAAUUUUUCCCAGCUUCAAACAUUGUUAGAAACUAACUACAGGUGUGGAAAAACAUAUAAUAGACUCACAUGUACUUUUAUAAAACAAAGAUGAAACCAAGUUGGAAAAGGUGUGUGAAAAACUAGUUGACUGAAUAUCUUGUAGGACCCCAUUCAGUGGUUGGUCCCACCACAGAAUGUAAUCAGGCUGAUUUCUGGGCUUUGACUACUUCAUUGCAACAACUGAACUCUUCUCCAGUCAUUCUGUGGUAGAUUAGCCGAUGUGUUGGGGAUUAUUGUUCCCUCGUUGACCAGUCUAGACCCAGCUGCUGGACAGAUGGAUUUAGGACUGACUAAAACACUUUGGUGUACAAAGGAUUAUCCAAUUCUUGUGUCUGCAGAUAAUCUCAAAUCAUCACCUUCCCAACACCACAUGUGAUGGUUGGUAUGAGAUGUUUCUGCUGAAGUGCUUUUUCUUUUCGUCGUAACAUGAUGCCUUUGGUCAGACCUCUCACUUUUGCUCUCAUCUGUCCAAAUUCUUAAAUUCUGACACCUUGUGUCAGAAUUUAAGUUGUGCUCCUAUAUUGUUUUCAGAGACAAGAAACCUUCUCCUGGAAAACCUUCCAAACAGCCAAGCUUUUCAGUACAAUUGUCCUACAGUAAUAAUAAUAAUUUUAGAAUCUUUUGAACUCCAAAUUAUUUUUAUCAUGAUGAUGCGAUACUUAAUAUUAAAAGAAUAUGCACUUUUUAAAACAUAAAUAAAAGGCGGACUGGCUGUUGUUAAAAAUUCCAUGUUUGAGUGCAAUAAAGACUGAAUGUGAAGCUCUUUCA